GUGUGUCAAAUGCUUGACAAGCGCUUGUGGCACAUGUCAGUCGUUGCUCAAGACCACAAUGAGAAGUUGAUUUUCAGUCUCCUGUUCUCACAGCUGACGUCUCAGAUGGGUUAUCACAUCAAGAUGUUUGCAGUAGUGUUACUAAUAACAGGGAUAUACACCACGGCAGGUUUUAACAUAUUGACGACGCCAGUGAAGAAUUUUACAAACAAUGACAAACUGUUUGGACAAACCAUCAUUAAGUCAAAAAUUGGAGUUUUUGUUCCUUCUCCUACAAAUGGAGAGGUUUUUAAUUGUACACUGGAAAAAGACUGUUCCCCAGUGAAUGUUAACCCUACUGAACUUUCAGUUAAGGGGAAGAAAGUAACCCAGAGACCAAUAACAUCUAUAUCAUCCAGCCUGAGUGAAAAGGAGGAGCAACUCCUGGUCUGUAAUCAAGUUCGGACCAAAAAGAGGGCCUCACCUGAGAAUUUCAAUGGACUUUGUGCACAUAAAAAUCAAAAGAAGGAGGAUAAAAUCAAUCCUGCCGACUUAGUUUCAGAGCAACUCAAGCGAACUGCUGCAAAUGAUCCCAGUAAAGCUUCCUUGAGAAAGAGAAGACAGGCUGAGCAAAAUGGCGGUGAUGUGGAUGAGGGCGAAGACGAUGAAGAUCCUGGGACAGAGAUUGCUUUCGUGCUGGACGGCUCUGGCAGCAUUGAGCGUGAAGAUUUUACACGGGCCAAAGAAUUUAUGUCUAAUGUGAUGAAAAAUGUCUGGACAUCAUGUUUUACAUGUAACUUUGCAGUAGUGCAGUUUGGAAGUGAUAUCAGAACCGAACUCUCACUGCAAGAAAAUGAUGAUGUUGCCAAAGCUUUGGAUAAGGUGAAGAGCAUAACACAGAUUGGCAACCGAACCAAGACAGCCUCAGCCCUCUACCACGUUCUCACAGAAGUUUUUGUUCCUGAAAAAGGAUCAAAAAAGGAAGCCAGCAAAAUGAUCAUUGUAUUAUCUGAUGGAGAAAUGUCAAAAGACCAGAAAAACCUAACAGGGGUCUUGAAAAUGAAAGAGAUGGAAGGAGUUCUUCGCUUUGCUAUAGGAGUUGGACCUGAAAUUCUGGGCAGUCCUAAAGCAAUAAAAGAGAUGAUACAGAUAGCUGGUGAUGCAAAGAGAUUCUUCAAUGUGUCUAAUUAUGCUGCUCUGGAAACCAUUCUUUCUAAUAUAGAAAAAAGCAUAAUUAACCUUGAAGGCAUUAACAAGGGCGUAGGAUUUCAGUUUGAACUUGCAGAGGCCGGAUUCAGCUCUCAUUUAACUCACGAAGGCUCUAUGCUUUUUGGGGCAGUGGGGGCCUAUGACUGGAGUGGAGGGAUCAUUCUGAAAAGGACGGAAGAGAACACUGUGACAUUUUUAAAUGCAACAAAGGAGGAACCAAGAUUUUCUUAUCUGGGUUACAGUGUGACAUCUGCACACUUAGGCACUAAAACACUGUACAUAUCUGGAGCUCCAAGGUAUAACUUGACCGGUGCAGUCUUCAUUUUUGAUGGAACCAAUCAGGAUUUAAUAGAAGGAGAUCAGGUAGGGUCUUACUUUGGAUCUGUUCUAUGUGCCUUGGACAUUGAUAACGAUCAGAAUACAGAUUACCUGUUAGUCGGAGCACCAUAUUAUCAUGAAAAAGUGGAAGAAGGCAGAGUGUUGGUGUACAAACUGCAUCAGGGGAAGUUUGAGAAAGAAGGCUAUGUAUUACAUGGAGUGGGAAAAUACAUCUUUGCAAGGUUUGGCUCUGCCAUAGCGGAUAUCGGAGACAUUGAUGGGAACAAAUACAGUGACGUGGCAAUAGGGGCUCCUCUUGAAGCAGAUGACGUGACUGAUAUCUCAGGAAGCAUUUACAUAUAUAAUGGAUUUAAAGAUGGAUUAAAGCAACAGUUUUCACAGAGAAUUGCACCUUCAGAUUUCGGGAUGAAGCUUGUGCAUUUUGGCCAGGCAGUGAGUGCCAUGUCUCACUCUGGAGAGAACAAAAAAAAUUACUUCAGUGUUGGGAGUGAUGGGGUCGUAACCGUCUUUAAGACAGUUCCUGUCAUCAUUCUUGAACCACAAAUAACAGUUGAUCAAGCACAGAUUUCCCUCGAACAGCAAGGCAAAGACAAAUCAAGCAAGUUUGAGAUGAAACUCAAUAUCUGCUUUAAUGAACAGAGGAAUAAAAUUAUUUCUGACGAAACACUAAACAUUGAGUGCCAAAUUGAUGUGGACUCUGAUAAAGAAGAAAAGCGACUUAUUGAUAACCAAGAAAAGAGAUUCAUAUUCAAACUGACAAACGAUAAAACCUGCCUUGAAACAAGAAAUCUAGAAUAUGUGGGCUGCUACGAUUGUUUUACACCUAUCAAAAUCAAAGUACAUUUUACCAUGGUCCCAGUCUCUGACGAAAUCCCUGUGCGAGUUCUUGAUGCUUUUAGUCCAGCAGUGUCCAUAAAAGAGAUUCCAUUUGAAAAAGAGUGCAAAGAUCCAAACUGCAAGUCAGUUAUUUCAUUGGAUUCAAUACUCAGUACUGACUUGAUCACAAUUGGCUCCUCUGAAACCCUACAUAUAACUUUCGAUCUUAGAAACUCUGGGGACAACUCGUAUAUGACCACUCUGACUCUGAGUUAUCCUGAAAUACUUCAGUCAAAGAAAAAUGAGGGCGGACAAUCAAUGGGUACCAUCACUGCUGUUUUAACAGGUGGAAUUAAUGGCACUGAAGAACUUGACUCCGAGUCGUAUGUUUUUGGAAUAAAGAAUGCACUUGAACUUCAGCUUACUGGCAUAGCCUCCCCAAACAUAAUAACUAUUGAAGAAGGGGCAAAAAAAAAGUUGUCAAAAGAGCUGCAGUUCAGUUUUAAGCUGCUGGGUGAAAACAAGUACAAGGCCGAAAUAAAUGUGACUGUAACAAUCCCAAAGCAGAAACAGAAAACAGAUCUGACAAUAACGGGUUUCGAACCAAAGAACUGUGCACAGUUUGAUGACAAGGACAACUACCAUAUUAUGUGCACUCUGACAGACCUGCAAGACAUAAACAUUAAGGCUACUGCUCUUAUCCACGUUGAGGAUACACAUGAGAAGAUUACUGCUACAGCAGAGCUCAGCUUUGAUGAGAACGUCUUUUACGGAAAAGACAUAAGGAAGACAGAGAAAGUAGAGGUGGCAAUUAAAAAACUGAUUGUUGUGAAAUCAACUGCACCUAUUAUAGGUGGCUCCAUUGGAGGUUUUGUCCUUCUAAUCAUCAUCAUCGUUAUUCUUGUCAAGUGUGGCUUUUUCCGGCGACGGCGUCGUAUGGAACGUACGCCAAGUACACACUGAGGAUUUGCAGAAUGCCAACCUGCCCUUCCUUUAUCACAGACAAGGCGUUGACAAACACAUCU